AUGAUGUGGCCUGGAUUCAAACAAUGGCUAUCGAAUUGGCCUUCUCGACUAGUCUUCCGCUACCUCAGUACCCUAUUUCUCAUAUGUUUCGCGAUCACCAAUUACAUAUUAUGGACCAGCAGUCAAGGCUGGGAUGUCACCGAACCGAAAGGUCCCGUCACUAUGGGCCCAAAACAUCCAAUUAAGAAGCUCAUGGCCGAUGCCCGCGCUCGUCAUGAGAGCCUUCUUUCGAAACGAAGCUACGAUCUAUAUGACGCCUCUGAGCGGUAUCGCUCUCGACGGGGACGUCACCCCCCACCGGGCUUCGAUAAAUGGGUCGAGGCUGCUAUUGCUUCAAAGAGCAUUAUUGUGGAGGACUAUUUCGAUCGCAUAUACAAGGACUUGUCUCCUUUCUGGGCGCUCGAUGCUCAUACGCUUGCUAGGCGCGCAUCUGCUUGGCACUGGGUUGUCAAAGUUCGCAACGGCGAGGCUACCGGCGUUGGUGACACAACGGACCGUGUGCCGUGGCUGACGUUAUGGACCGAUCUUGUCAAGGAGUUCGCGAAGGAUUUGCCCGACGUCGACAUGCCAAUCAACUAUAUGGACGAACCCCGACUUCUCGUCCCUUUCGAAGACUUAUCAAAGCUCGUCGAACAAGAGCGCGGCAACCGACGCAUAGCUCCUAUGAGGGAAGUUUUUACAAAGUUCAAAAGCCUUUCCAAACUCGACGACGAAAAACCUCAGCCGUACGACCCUUACUGGUACAAUAGCUCAGCUAAUUAUUGGGAGCUUGCGCGUGUGACGUGUGACCCAAAUACUCCGUCGCGCAAUGUCCAACAAGUCUCAGACUUUAAAGCUCCUGUCGAGUACCCGUCGAACUGGAGCCCCGAAUAUGCGUACAGAGGGUAUAUCAAGAACUGGACCGCCUCCCAAGACCCUUGCCUGCAGCCACAUCUGCGUCAGAUGCACGGAAGUUUUGUCGCCCCCCUUAGCUUGUCAACUUCUACCGAAUUGAUCCCAUUGUUCGGCGGAUCCAAGCUCCCUAUGAAUAACGAGAUUUUGAUUCCUGGCGCCAUGUACCUCACUGCGGAUGAGUUCUAUUCUGGAGGAGACAAGAUGGGCCCAGCAUGGCAUGCCAAGAAGACAGGCAUUGUGUGGAGGGGCGAUGCGUCUGGCGGCGAGCCAAGGCCUGACGUUUGGCACCGCUUCCACCGUCACCGUCUUAUGCAGAUGCUUAACGGAUCAUAUGUCGACAGUGUCGAGCAUCAAGGCGUCAAACCAAAAACCUUCCAACUACCGAACCCUGACCACUACAAUAGCACUCAUCGCGCUACCAAUACCCUUGGCCAGUGGUUGAAGGACAUAUCUGACUGCGGCUUCAAGCGACUUCUAUGCGAAAAAGUCGGAUGUGAGCAGUUUUCUCCCUACUACCGCGAACUCAAACAUAUGCCUAUGAAAGAGCAAUACGCGUUCAAGUUUCUCCCCGAUACCGAUGGCAACUCAUUUAGCGCCCGCUUCCGAGGGUUUCUGCGCUCUUCGAGUAUGCCUCUUAAAGCUACGAUCUAUGCCGAAUGGCAUGAUGACCGUCUUACUCCAUGGGUUCACUUUGUGCCCUUUGACAAUACUUUCCAGGAUCUCUAUCCUAUCCUCGAAUUCUUUACAGAUGAAGAGGCUGGUGGAGAUACCGCAGCCCGAUUCAUUGCAGAGAAGGGCAGAGACUGGGCGAGCCAAGUCCUGCGUCGUGAAGACAUGCGCCUCUAUACUUGGCGCUUGUUGCUCGAGUGGGCUCGUGUGUGCGAUGAGGACCGCGAGAAACUAGGAUUUAUAAGAGAUCUUGUGGAACCUAGGAAGGACUCUAUACGGCGGUACUCAUACUGA